AUGAUUGGCAGCAAAGAAGAACUGGCUUCUUGGGAAGAAGAAACAAGAGCGUGUCCUGAAUCAGACCAAGAAGAGGAAAUCAAAGAGUCACUUCCUCCAAUAAAAUCCAAGCUUAAAACUAAGAGAAAGGUUAUUGUGAACGUUUCCUGUACAAAAUACGAUGUUGUUAAAAGAGUCGCGAAAGAGUUUUUUCAAUGAAGGCUCGACUUCAAAGACGAUAAUCUUAACUGAGACCUUUUCUGAACUGACGGUGCUGUCCAGCCAGAAAAACUCUUACAAAUGAAGCCUUACCAAAAAAUAAAUCACUUUCCUGGGAUGUAUUCUUUAGCGAGAAAAAACUUUUUAGGGAAGAACCUCAAUAAAAUGAGAAAACUUUACUCUGAAGACUAUUGUUUUUAUCCUAAAACUUGGCUUAUACCUUCAGAGCUCUCAGACUUAAGAAACCAAAGCCUAAUCUCCAAAAAUAAAGUUUACAUUGUCAAGCCAGAAGCAUAAAUAAAAUGGCUUUUGCUUCAAGCGAAAUUAGCUCCGCUAAUUUUCUCCCACUCAAACAUUUUUAUUUAUGGGGUUGGGUUUUACCUCGAGAACUUCUGCACAGCAAUAGCGGUUUAACUUUGGAGAUAACCAAAGAACUGCUCCCAGUGCGAUCAAGAGCUCAGGUCUUUACCCCCUCAGCACGCCCGAGGAGGUGGACCCCUAGGCGGAACACGCGCAGGAGCUGAGUCGGAAUAAAGCCAUGGCGGCAGCGAAGCCCGUCGAAGCCGGAACGCCGUACUUACCCCGUGCCCUGAUAUUAAAGUGAGUCGAUCCAGCGGUCCAUGGACCCGACACGUGGAUAAAUAUGGUGGCAGCUCUGGAUUUGGCUACCCCGUAGUGGAUGUAAAGCGUUAUAGCUAAUUAAGAUUACAUUGUCAAGCCAGAAGCAAGUUGCCAAGGAAGAGGAAUUUUUCUCACAAAAAAUCUGGAUGUUUUUGAACAAGAUGACCGAUAUGUUGUACAAGAAUAUCUGAAGCAUCCAUUUUUAAUCGAAGGCUUGAAAUUUGACUUGAGACUUUAUGUCUUGGUUGCAGGCUGCGAUCCUCUUAGAAUAUAUUUGCAUAAAGAAGGGCUUGCAAGAUUUGCCACAGAAUCAUAUGUAAAACCUUCAGGUCAGAAUUUAGCUAAACAGUGUAUGCAUUUAACUAAUUAUGCAAUUAACAAGAAUAGUGAAAAUUUUGUGUUCAAUGAAGACCCUGCAAAUGAUGACAUUGGACAUAAGCGAAGUUUGACAGCAACUAUGAAGUUGCUUGAAGAGAUGGGGCAUAAUACAGCAAAACUGUGGGAAGAUAUUAAAGAAAUUAUUAUAAAAACUCUUUGCUCUGUCCAGCCAUUCCUAUCCCACACUUAUCGAGCUUGCCAACCCGACGAUCCUUUUAAUGGUAUGUGCUUUGAAAUACUAGGAUUUGAUAUAUUCCUAUGCAAAUAAAUUCAAAAUAAUCUCUAAAGAAGAAAAAUAAAUCUCAAAUUCAUCUAAAAUAAGGUAAUUUUAGAUAAGAAACUGAAGCCAUGACUUCUAGAAGUCAACCAUUCUCCUUCGUUUACUACAGAUUCUCCAUUGGACUGGAAAAUAAAAUUUCAAGUCAUAAGCGAAGCAAUGACACUUUUAAAUAUCAACACAGACAAUAAAAAAAUAUAUCUCUCGAAACAAAGGCAAGACAUCUUAAAAAGAGCGCUAGGAAAAAAGAACGCCGAUUUUAAAGACCAGAAAAAAGAAGAAAUACUCAGAGCACAAUCAAAACGAGAUAGGUGAGAAAAAUCGCACUUAGGAAGCUUCCAACAAAUUUACCCCGAUCAUAAAGAAAAAGAUUACGAAAAGUUUAUUGAAUCUGCAAAAAAUAUUUGAGUAGAGUCAACUGGGAGAAAAACAGCUCUAAAAAAAGAAGAAGAUAGACCUCUAACAAUGGAAAACAAUGGAAUUAAAAAAGCAGUAAAAAUAACCCCAAAAGUAAAAUCCGCAAAUAGAAGCUCCUCUGUUGCGUAUUCUCCGAUUGGCAAUAGUGAUGAUCGAAGAGCUGCUAGUCCUAAUGUGUUUGAAAGACUUUCACAAAUUCCAAAAAAAGAAUAUAUAAUGACAACCCAAGCUGCUCCUGACCCUUGCUUCAGAUUAGAACAGUCAACAAUUGAUUUUAGUCCUAAGCCUCCAACACCUACUAUUGACUUAGCUAUAUAUUUAGAAAAAAAUCCAAUGAAACUAAAAAAUAAAAAAAGACACGAGUCUCCUCGAAAUGCUAGACUAGAUGAUAUUUUAAAGGAAAAAAGAAUUUUUGAAAAUAUGAAGCGAACACUUGGAUUUCAGGAACAACCAAUGCAAAUUAAAUCUGUCAUUGCUGCAGAUUUACUGGACGAAGACUUUUUAUUCUCGUAAUUUUUAUAUAGCGAAGGGAAAUUUUUGAUGCCCAAAAUUGGCAGUUUUUCUCCUUCAAUCUACCGAAAAAGACAAAUCACCAAUAAGAGCCUCUAUAAUUGAAUGUAA